AUGAAGCGCGAUUUCGACGAAAUCUCGGAGGAGGAGUGGUCGCAGCACUCGUUUAACGCUUCGCGGGUGCUUAAACGGCCACGGGCUCCAACGAGGACCCGUCCGGCGAAUCCGUCGCCUCCGAUUGAGUCGUUUGCGUUCCGGAGGCCGUCCAAGGCAGCGGUUGCGGGAGGAGGAAGAGAAGAAGAGAGUAACAGCAGCAGCGACGAUUGUGUCGAGGUGGAGGAUUUAGGAGAAUCUGAUUCGGAGGUGAAGGUUGUGAAUGGCGAUGAUUUGCUGUUGGAGGACGAGGAGGACGCGAAGGUCGUGGUGCGAGCUGCGAGAGCUGGUCGGCGAUUUGUGAUUGAAGACGACGAAGCGAGUGAAGAUGAGUUUGACGAUGAUGAUGAGGUUGCGCUUAGCUCUAGUGAUGACGAAGGUGGGAAAGGAGGGAGAGGAGGAGGAGAAGAAGAUGUCGUUGGGAAGGCUCUGCAAAAGUGUGCCAAAAUCUCGGCGGAUCUUCGUAAGGAGCUUUAUGGCAGCUCUUCUGGGGUUACUUGCGAUAGGUACUCUGAAGUGGAAACCUCUACUGUGAGGAUUGUCACACAGACUGAUAUUGAUGAAGCAUGUAAAGGAGAGGAUUCUGAUUUUCAGCCUAUACUCAAGCCGUACCAGUUGGUUGGUGUGAACUUUCUUCUUCUCUUGUAUAAGAAGGGAAUUGAAGGAGCUAUUCUAGCCGAUGAGAUGGGUCUUGGAAAGACCAUUCAGGCAAUCACAUAUUUAACUCUUCUAAACACCUUAAACAAUGACCCUGGUCCUCACUUGGUUGUAUGCCCUGCCUCUGUCCUGGAAAACUGGGAGAGAGAACUCAAGAAAUGGUGUCCAUCGUUUACUGUACUUCAGUACCACGGGGCUGCGAGAGCAGCCUACUCGAGAGAAUUGAAUUCUUUGUCAAAAGCUGGGAAGCCGCCGCCAUUCAACGUGCUUCUUGUGUGCUAUUCUUUGUUUGAACGACAUAGUGAACAACAGAAAGAUGACCGUAAAGUACUGAAACGGUGGCGGUGGAGCUGUGUUUUGAUGGACGAAGCCCAUGCUUUAAAGGAUAAGAACAGUUAUAGGUGGAAGAAUUUGAUGUCUGUGGCCAGAAAUGCAAACCAGCGCCUGAUGCUUACAGGAACGCCUCUACAAAAUGAUUUGCAUGAACUAUGGUCGCUUCUGGAGUUCAUGUUGCCUGAUAUAUUUACCACGGAGAAUGUCGACUUGAAGAAGUUGUUGAACGCAGAAGACACGGAGUUGAUUACUCGAAUGAAAUCCAUUCUUGGUCCUUUCAUCUUGAGGCGUUUGAAAUCUGAUGUCAUGCAGCAGCUUGUUCCAAAGAUACAGCGAGUUGAGUAUGUCACCAUGGAGAAGAAGCAGGAAGAUACAUAUAAAGAAGCCAUAGUGGAAUAUCGUGCUGCUUCGCAAGCACGUGUCCUAAAGCUUUCCUCAAAAUCCUUAGCCAAGGCACUUCCAAAGCGUCAAAUCUCAAACUAUUUUACUCAAUUCCGAAAGAUUGCGAACCAUCCAUUGUUAAUUAGGCGAAUAUACAGCGAUGAAGAUGUCAUUCGCAUUGCGAGGAAGUUACACCCAAUCGGUGCAUUUGGAUUUGAGUGCUCCUUGGAUAGAGUCAUCGAAGAAGUUAAGAGUUACAACGAUUUCCGUAUCCACCAGCUUUUGUUCCAAUAUGGAGUUAACGACACCAAAGGAACUCUCUCAGACAAACACGUUAUGCUCUCAGCAAAAUGUCGAACGUUAGCAGAGCUUCUCCCAACAAUGAAGGAGUCAGGCCACCGCGUUCUGAUAUUCAGCCAAUGGACAUCGAUGCUCGAUAUCUUAGAAUGGACACUCGAUGUGAUCGGCGUUACGUACAGAAGACUCGACGGAAGUACUCAAGUCACGGACAGGCAAACCAUAGUGGACACAUUCAACAACGACAGGUCGAUAUUCGCCUGUCUGCUAUCGACGCGAGCAGGUGGGCAAGGUCUGAACCUGACCGGAGCAGACACUGUUAUCAUUCACGAUAUGGAUUUUAAUCCGCAGAUCGAUCGGCAAGCUGAAGAUAGGUGCCAUCGUAUCGGUCAAACAAAACCAGUCACUAUCUUUAGACUGGUGACGAAAUCGACGGUUGAUGAGAAUAUUUACGAGAUUGCGAAGCGGAAACUUGUUCUUGAUGCGGCGGUUCUAGAGUCUGGAGUUCACGUCGAUGACGACGGAGACACGCCUGAGAAAACCAUGGGAGAGAUUCUUGCUUCUCUUCUCAUGGGAUAA